AAAACAGCUGUAUGAAUAUCCGCUGGAACUUCAGUUUGCGGGCUCAGGUCGAAAUUUAAAAUGGAGGAAGCUUUGGAAUCAUUUAAAAAUAUCUCAGACCUCAAUGUAGUCAUACCGGCUUUAAAUUUGAUGAAAGUCUACUUUGAUAAUAUUGCAAAAGAGCCGAGCAAUCCAAAAUAUCGAAAAAUACGUGUUGGAAAUGCCAAGUUUAACGCCACUAUUUGGAAACUUCAAGAAGCAAGGAUGAUUUUCUUCCUUGCUGGAUUUGAGGAAGAUGGCGAAUUUAUAGUUCUUCCUGAUCAUAUCAACAUAGAUGAAGCAAGACAUUUAAUUGAUACUUAUGCUAAUGCGGGCUGUGUAAAGCAAUCUAAAGAUAUCAAUGCAAUUGCCACACAGGCAAUGCYAGGCCAAGCUACUAGUUCUUCAUCAACAUUAAAGCUCAGUGCUCCAAAAGGUAGCAGUUAUUUUGACCAGGAGGUAAAAGCAGACCUUACUCUGUUAUCAUAUAUGAUUGAAAUGGGAUUUGAUGAAAGAGCAGCAGAAAAAGCCCUGAUUGCAACCAAAAAUGUUGGAGUCCAGCCAGCCAUGGACUGGAUAUCUAUGAAUCCUCAAGCACUGCAUUUAGAUGGAAAUGCCAAAAGUACGAAUGGUAACCAUAGUGACCAAGCUGGUCAAGGUCAGGUUCAGGGUGUGGCAUCAUCGUCUACAGGAAUAACGACAGCUGAUGAUUCCAGGCCAGCUCCAAUAUCAAGGUAUCAAAAGACUGCCGAUGAAAGACAUAAGUUUCAGGAGAAAUUGAGACUGGAAGCCAUAGAUGCAGCAAGGGUUGAAAGACUAGCAAAACAGCAACAUAARCAAUUUUUAUUGAAAGAAAUGCAACACGAGAAAGAAGAAAAGAAAGAAAAGGAAGAUCAAGCCAAGAAGUUUAAAACUGAAGCUCAGUCAUCCGAGGGGAUGUGUUCAAUAGAGAUGCCACAGUCUGACUGUUUACCUGUGGCUGGGACAUCAGGACUACCUCAAGACAGGAAUACAGAAUUAAGAAUCAGAUUACCAAAUGGUCAGGUGUCAAAUCUUAGUCUUUCAAAUGAUGCACAUAUCAAGGAAAUAUACAGACACGUGUGUAGGCUGACAGAGAUGAUGGAAGAUGACUUUGUUGUCAUGACUACCUAUCCUCAAACAGAAUUAACAGAUAUGGAAUCAACAAUGGAAACCGCUGCACUUACUCCACGAGCAGCACUAGUAGUGCAGAGAAGAGACCAACAUGGUCAGCUCAUUCAAGGACACGGUGAAGUUUCCACUGUAAAGACUAUUUUAAGCAUGGAAGAUUGGCAAGCAGUGUUGAAAAAAUCAUGUGAUAGACUCAUGGUAGCACAAUUUUACACUACAUGGUGUGCGAAUAGCAGAGCCAUUGCUGACAGGUUUGAAGCACUCAAUGCUGAAUAUGGUGUGAACCAAAGCGUGCUGUUUGUACGUGUUGAUAUAGAACAACUUAAGGUUCUGAAAUAUCAGUUACAUAUUACAAAUCUACCAACUUUCAAGUUGUACUGGAAUGAAAAGGAAAUUGCCGAACAACAAGGAAAUAACAUGAAUACACUUGAAGAAUUAAUAAAGUCAAAACUUCAAGACCCAGAUAAAAGUGAGACCGAGAUGGAAGAACAAUCUAGUUUUCCCAACGAAUAACACUUCAUUUUUAUUUAAAAUAUUUUUGGAGUUGAUACUAUCAACCAUAGAGCUUAGUAGCUUUGUAUUCAAAUAGCCCAAUUCAGGUCACAUGACAUUCUUUUAAUAGAAUUGUUGCUCAACUGCCAAGAGUAUCAACACAUGGUCUGUAAUGUACAAAACAAACAACAAAGCUAAAGAAGUCUAUUGCUUCUACUUUAGYAUUUACAAAUUAAAUUCAGCUUUAAGUUUGUCAUACUUUCUAGAUACAAUUAACUACAUUUCAGUUUUCUAUUCCAAUUAAAAAAAGAAGGACUAUA